UUUCAUUUGCAUGUUUCUGCCAUAUUCAUCCUCUUACAGCUCUUAAUAUCCGUCUUGUCAACUGUCAUGUUGAACUUGAAACCAAAAAUCCCAUUUUAUUUUCUCUUCCCAUUAUUUUUGGGCAUAUGAUUCGUUUCAAUUAAGCAAUACAGGCAUGAGGGAAGGUAUAAUAGCAACAAUAACAUCGCGGGGUCUCAUUCUUCAAUUUGUUCUGCUAUUGUUCCUCUGUUUUAGCCAGUGCCAAUGUGGGAACCUUGGUGACACAAAAGCAAUGGCUCCUUAUAUCGCCCCAAGUGGAAAUCCGGAACCCUUUCUUCCGGUGUUAGGUCCUUCACCAAUGAUUUCAUUAACAAAUGGUAGCAUACCAGAAUUGUCAGGACUUUGCACAUUAAAAUUUUCAGGUGUUGAAAGUUUAUUGAACAUAACAGCAACAGAUUGCUGGGCUUCCUUUGCACCAUAUUUGGCGAAUGUAGUAUGUUGUCCUCAGCUUUCCUCAAGCUUAGUUACUCUCAUCGGCCAGUCCAGUAAAUACUCUGGGAUGCUUGCUUUGAACUUAACUCAUUCAAAGCACUGUCUCUCUGAUGUUGAAAAGAUUCUAACGAGUAGAGGAGCGAAUUCAAAACUUCAAAAGAUAUGCUCAAUUCAACCAAGAAAUCUCACUGAAGCCUCUUGUCCGGUUUUCAGUAUCGAUGCAUUUGAGAGCAUAGUGGAAUCUUCAAGACUUCUUUCAGCUUGUCGCAAAAUUGAUAAUGUCAACGAGUGUUGUGAACAAGUUUGCCAAAAUUCCAUAACAUAUGCUGCUCAGAAAAUAGCAUUGAUCGGUAUGUCAGUUUCAAGUGGGUCUCAAGAUUCGCUCGAGAAAUUAACGAGGAUUGAAGAUUGCAAGAAUAUUGUCCUCCGGUGGCUGGCCAGUAAACUAGAUCCUCCUUCUGCAAAUGAGGUUCUUAGAGGACUUUCAAAUUGCAAAGUAAAUAAAGCUUGUCCACUAGUUUUUCCCAACAUGAAAAAUGUUGUUAAGGAGUGUGCACAUGAGAUAAGAAACAAGACAUCAUGCUGCGAAGCGAUGGGGAGUUAUGUAUCGAAGUUGCAAGAGCAAAGCUUCAUUACCAACGUGCAGGCCUUGCAUUGCGCCACCUCGCUUGGAACAGAAUUGCAGAAAGCUAAUGUGUCAAACAAUGUUUAUAAUCUUUGUCACGUAAACAUCAAAGACUUUUCUCUUCAAGUCGGAUCACAAGAGUCUGGCUGCCUUCUGCCAAGCUUGCCUUCAGAUGUGACAUACGAUACAACUUCAGGAGUCGGAUUCAUUUGUGAUCUAAACGACAACAUCGCAGCUCCUUGGCCCUCUUCAUCUUCCAAACCUGUUUCUUUCUGUAAUAGAACUAUGAAAAUCCCGGCCAUUCCAAAGGCUACCUCGGCCCAAAAAGGCUUUUACAUUAAAGACUUGAAGCUUGCCUUGAUCUUUUCUUCCUUGGCAGUGAUCAAGAUGCUUCUUUGAGUACGAAGUUCUUGAUUCUUUCCAUCAUUUAGUUUUGUUAGAAUACAGGUUUUUUUUUUCCUUCUUUUUUCCCCUUACCAUAUAGCAGAGAAUCAUUGUAUAAAGCAAUAAAC